UGGACCUUCUGUUUACCUGUAGAGUCAGUUCUCUAGUGGUGGACUACUGCCGUUGAGGUGGACCUUCUGUUUACCUGUAGAGUCAGUUCUCUAGUGGUGAACUACUGCCGGUGAGGUGGACCUUCUGUUUACCUGUAGAGUCAGUUAUCUAGUGGAGCCUUGUGGUUUGUUUACCUGUAGAGUCAGUCAUCUAGUGGAGUCUUGUGGAGUCGACGGUCUAGCCGCUGAGCAUGGGGUCGCUGGAUCAAGUCCACAUGAGCCGAACUAACCAGGAGCUUGGGUUCAAACUACAGAACAGACGCAGCAGUUUUUGUCUAGCUGUUGUGCUAUUUAUUGCUGCAGCCAUAGGCCUGGCUGUUGGAUUAUUGCUGGGGAGAUUCGCACUUUGCACGGAGAGCGUUGACCCGGCCAGCAAGUCACGUGGGGGGCUGCAACAGGUGGGGAACACGUCCAUCUCACAGCAAGUCAUGGCGGCCGUUGAUGCAGGGAGGAUGGAGGAGACGCUCAGACAGCUAAGCCUGAAGCCCCACAUAGCAGGACAGGAGAACGACGCCGUGUUGGCCCGGUUGGUCAAGGACCGGUUUCGGCAGUCCGGCCUGCACGUGCAGACCACGCCCUAUGACGUCCUCUUGUCCUACCCCGCGGGCACCAACAGCGUCCGGUUGGUGGCCGCCGACGGCACGAUCAUCUAUGACGCCGUCCGUGACGAGAGUGACGUCACGACAAGACCGGAUGUUGUCCAACCCUUUCAUGCCUACUCUCCCAGCGGUCUAGUUGAGGGUCAAGUUGUUUACGUUGGUUACGGACGAGUGGAGGACUACACGGUACUGGCCGGCUAUGGUGUUGACGUCACAGGUCACGUGGUUCUCGUCAAAUACGGCAAGAUAUUCAGGGGAGAUAAGGUGGAGAUUGCGGCGUCACACGGCGCUGUGGGUGUCCUCAUGUACACAGACCCGGCCGACUACACGGGCUGGAGGGCCGGGGACCCACGGGUCUACCCAGACACUUGGUGGAUGCCACCCACAGGGGCCCAGCGGGGCACAGUCAUGUCCGGCCAAGGGGACCCCAGCACACCUGGGCUAGCUGCCAACAAUCUGGCCUACCGACGUACCGACAAUUUGACCACGCCUACAAUUCCAUCUCAGCCAAUCGGAUACGGAGCUGCUUAUAAUAUUUUAAAACAACUGAGUGGAGCCGUGGCGCCGACCACCUGGAGUGGAGGGCUCAACAUCACCUACAGGCUGGGGCCGGGCUUCCUCAACUCUACCUGGAAGCUACAGCUGAAUGUGACCAACACAAACACCCGAAGAAAAAUCGAGAACGUGUUUGGCAUCAUUGAAGGAGAAGAGGAGCCAGACAGGUACGUGCUGUUUGGUAACCAUCGUGACGCCUGGAUCUAUGGGGCCAUUGACCCCUCCAGUGGUACAGCCGUUAUGUUGGAGGUGGCCAGGGUCAUGGGGGAGCUAGUACAGUCAGGCAAGUGGAGACCACGACGAUCUAUUGUGUUUUGUUCCUGGGGAGCUGAGGAGUUCGGACUGAUUGGUUCCACAGAAUGGGUAGAGCAAUACGUGGCCGUCUUGAGGGAACGAGCUGUAGCAUACAUUAACGUUGAUCUGGCGGUGCAAGGUAACGACACGCUCAGGGCUCUGGCCACGCCCCUUAUGCUCGAUGUUUUGUUUGAGGCAUGUAAACAGGUACCUAACCCUGACCCAGCAGAAGUGGCAGCAGGCAGACAGACGGUCUACGACACCUGGUACCACGUGACACCACACAACGACGUGCCUGCGACCUCUGGCCUGGGUUCUGGCAGCGACUACGCCCCCCUGUUGCAACAAGCUGGGGUGACAUCCGUAGACCUGCGUUACUCGUAUGAUAGGAAAAAAUACGACAUUUCGUCCUACGCUCUGUACCACACCGAAUAUGAAACUUUCCAGCUCGUCAAAAAUCAUUUUGACCGGGAUUUCCAGUACCACGCGGCUGUGGCCAAGGUUUGCGGCGAGUUGCUUCUCUCUCUCGCCGACUCGCUCCUCCUGCCCUUUAACCUCACGACCUUCGCCCUGGGGCUGGAGCUGCUCAGGGCAACGCUGGAGAGAGAUCAUGGGCCAAAGCUGCGAGUCAAGCUGGACAAUUUCGAUCUCCUAGCGUCUGUCACCAAGAACUUUACUGCUGACGUGGCAAAUUUUGAGAGCAGACGACGUCUAGUGGACACAAGCAGGGCCCUGGCUGUUCGCGCCCUCAACGAUCAGAUGUUGCUGCUGGAGAAAGCUUUUCUCAGACCCGAGGGACUUCCGCUCAGACCGCUGAAAAAGCAUGUGAUCUAUGCUGAGAACGCCAAUGACGGGUACGCCGGCAGCAGCUUCCCUGGCCUGGUUGAACUACUCUUUCAGAUCGACGAGCACCCGGAGAGAUGGACCACGGUCAAACAGCACUUCUCGGCCAUUUUACAAACCAUCCAAUCAGCGGGCGCCACGCUACGUGACGUCACAAGCUUCAUGUCUGAGAGCCUAUAGUGACCUCAUGUGCUACACCCCACUCACCGAAAUCCUACAAAAAAUCAGUAGCACGUGGACUUAUUUGAUUGGAUAAAACUGGUUGAACCGAUCCACAUCAACCAAGCCCGCUUUAUGCCUAAGGAUGUUAAUGACGAUUUAAAUUCUCCCCCUCCCCAUUGCAACACAUCGUCACAAAAAGACAGAUUCCAACCCCCAUCCCUAAAAUGACGACAACCUACAACCCCUGUUUUUUUUUAAAACAUCGAUUUCUUUCUUAAAUAUUUUCUGACCCCGUUCAAAACAGUCUAUAAUAACUUAGUUCUAACAUUUAGCCUACAAAAAAGAAACAGAUUCUAAAAGCACUAAAUAACCGCUGAAAUUAAGUUUCUAACAUUAUUUUUGAUGCUUUGAUGCAGAAGUGAGUCGUCACACUUUCUUAAUCCCACUCCCCCCCUCCAGUUUUACACCGUCACAUAAUACCCCCACCCCCAUCCUCACUUCCGUCUUUGAGUGUGACGUCGUCUAUGGACGACCCUUACAGAUAUGAAUCAAUGAUACCCCUACAGUUGACUGCAUACACACCGACGCAGCAGGUUUAGAACCCGCCUACAUUGGCUCCACCCAAUAUAACAGAACCAGCCUACAUUAGCUCCACCCAACAUAACAGAACCAGCCUACAUUAGCUCCACCCAACAUAACAGAACCCGCCUACAUUGGCUCCACCCAACAUAACAGAACCAGCCUACAUUGGCUCCACCCAAUAUAACAGAACCAGCCUACAUUAGCUCCACCCAACAUAACAGAACCCGCCUACAUUGGCUCCACCCAAUAUAACAGAACCAGCCUACAUUAGCUCCACCCAACAUAACAGAACCAGCCUACAUUAGCUCCACCCAACAUAACAGAACCAGCCUACAUUGGCUCCACCCAAUAUAACAGAACCAGCCUACAUUAGCUCCACCCAACAUAACAGAACCAGACUACAUUGGCUCCACCCAACAUAACAGAACCAGCCUACAUUAGCUCCACCCAACAGCUACAGAACCAGCCUACAUUAGCUCCACCUAACAUAACAGAACCAGACUACAUUAGCUCCACCCAACAUAACAGAACCAGCCUACAUUAGCUCCACCCAACAUAACAGAACCAGCCUACAUUAGCUCCACCCAACAGCUACAGAACCAGCCUACAUUAGCUCCACCCAACAUAACAGAACCAGCCUACAUUAGCUCCACCUAACAGCUACAGAACCAGACUACAUUAGCUCCACCCAACAACUACAGAACCAGCCUACAUUGGCUCCACCCAACAUAACAGAACCAGCCUACAUUAGCUCCACCCAACAUAACAGAACCAGCCUACCUUAGCUCCACCUAACAUAACAGAACCAGCCUACAUUAGCUCCACCCAACAUAACAGAACCAGCCUACAUUAGCUCCACCCAACAUAACAGAACCAGCCUACCUUAGCUCCACCCAACAUAACAGAACCAGCCUACAUUGGCUCCACCCAACAUAACAGAACCCGCCUACAUUGGCUCCACCCAACAGCUACAGAACCAGCCUACAUUAGCUCCACCCAACAUAACAGAACCAGCCUACAUUGGCUCCACCCAACAUAACAGAACCCGCCUACAUUGGCUCCACCUAACAUAAACGAACCAGCCUACAUUGGCUCCACCUAACAUAAACGAACCAGCCUACAUUAGCUCCACCCAACAUAACAGAACCAGACUACAUUAGCUCCACCCAACAUAACAGAACCAGCCUACCUUAGCUCCACCCAACAUAACAGAACCAGACUACAUUAGCUCCACCCAACAUAACAGAACCAGCCUACAUUAGCGCCACCUAACAUAACAGAACCAGCCUACCUUAGCUCCACCAAUGAUAAUAGAACCAGCCUACUUUGGCACUACAAUAACAAUUGCCCCAUCGAUAGACCCUCCUCUACCCUUACAUGGAUGUAUGUACGUAAAUCCCUUUAAAAUCCUUUACAUUUCAUAUUGAUUUUUCUACUUCAUUUCAUGUACCUAAAAUCUUGAUAGAGUUGAUCAUUGCUGUGUUGCUAUAGAACAUUUAUCUUGAUAGAGCUAGUCACUGAUUUCUACUGCGUGUCGUUUCGUCAAUAUAUGCUACACCCCUAAAAAUAAAUACAUCAUAAAUACAAUAUAAAUGUUUAUGUUUGUGAAACUAUUUUAUACCUCCCUAUCAC